AUGAGGCCUGCUGGUGCUUUGACUGCUGCACUGCUGGCUGCUCUUGUGGUCCUGGCGUGCAUCCAACAAGGUUCGUCAGUUACUUAUGGGCCGCCCAGCUGCGAGCAAACCUGUGCAGAUGAGAGUGAAUUCGAAAAACCUCUGCCCCCUGUGCCCGAUUUGGAAGUAGGAAACCGGGCGACCCAGUGGGGAACUGUGUUUCUCCUCCAGGUCAAAGCAAAUCUGGGGGAGUUGUCUCCCCCAGGUGUGGCUCGUGCAUUGGGCAUCUUCAGUGCAUGCAUGCACGAUACGAUUGCGCUGGAAAGCCCCGACAUGAAGGAAGCCUACGUUGGUACCAGGAAGGCAAGAAAGAGGCGUAAAGCAGCUGGGCUUGCACCUCUGGAGAAUGUGUUUGUGAUUGGUGAAGGACCUUCAGGAUUCGACCCUGAAGCAGCUAUCGAUGGAGCAGCAUUCACAGCAAUACAAAGGAUGUUUGAGGGAAAGGAAUCGUUGAGCAUUGCCGUGGAUUACAUUCUCACAGUCUCCUCAGGAGUGCCGUCCACUGCAGCUGCAGACAGCAACAUUACUGAUCAAGUUCUGUCCAACUACAACAUUGGACAGCAGCAGUCUUACCAGCUUGGGCACGACGUCUGUGAGGAUGUAAUGAUAGAGUUCACGGAAGAUGGGUUUGAUGUCCUGGCGAACCCCAAAGAAGGGACCGCCAGCAAUUACACGCCAAAGAACAAGCCACAAAGCAGGCCUGGCAUCACAAAUUGCUCUGCGGAGAUCAUGGACAGGGACUAUUGGCAGCCAUUGUGUGUGCCAGUGAAAUACGGCUCAGAAGAGUGCAACGUGCAAAACUUUCUGUCCCCUGGGGCUGGCAACAUGACCACAUUUGGCAUUCACAGUGGCGACUCGGUUAUACCUACAUCGGGACCACCAGCCAUACAGAAUGGAGACAAAGCCGAAUGGAAGAAACAGGCGCGUGAGGUUAUUAGAUACUCAGCUGCUCUGAAUGACGUCAACAAGCUGAAAGCAGAGCACUGGGCGGAUGGCCCAGACAGCACUUUUCCCCCUGGCCAUUGGUACAGGGUGGCAAUUGAGGCAGCCGAGACACAGAACCUGGACAUUGUGGAGACAGUGAAGGUUCUGUUUCUUGUUGGCAUGGCUCUGAACGAUGCUGGAGUUGGUUCAUGGAGCGCCAAGGUCUACUACGACUCCAUCCGGCCCCUGCAGAUGAUCCAGUGUGGAUUUGCUGGGAAAGAAGUGGAGGCUUGGACAAAGCCAUACAUGGGUGUUGACACAAUCAACGCAUCAUCCUGGCAGCCCUACCAGGCAACAACAUUUGUCACUCCGCCAUUUGCAGGUUAUGUCAGUGGCCAUUCAACCUUCAGCGCCGCAGCCUCUCAAGUUCUGAAGCAUUACUUCAGGACGGAGGAGUAUAUGGCACCGAAGUGCCGGAGGAUCCUGGAGGGAAGCAGCCUGUUCGAGGGCCGUAUUGACCCGGGUGGCGAGUUCUAUGUGGAGGACCUGACAGACGUUCCAAAUCAAGGCCCCAAAACGAGAGGGUACGUGCCUGCAGAGGACGUUGUCCUUUGCUGGGACACAUGGGAUGAUGCCUCUGAGGACGCAGGAAUCUCAAGGCUGCACGGGGGAAUUCACAUCAUUGCGGACCACACUGGCGGGGUAGAGUUCGUCGAUGUUGAGGACGACGGCGACGAAGACCCCGUCGAAAUUGCUGAAGUCGAGGCGUUGCUGGCUGGCGAGGACGACACCGAGGAGGAAGGAGCGACGGCAGAACCUGCAUCAGAGGAACCCGUCAUUGAAGCAGCUGAGGGUGCAAGCGAUGCUGAAGAAGAAAAGGUAGAUCCAGCAUCUCUGUCAGCACCUGGCUAUGAGUUGAACUUCCUCUGGUUGGACAGAAAUGUGGCUGUGGCGGUGGAUCAGGUUUUCUCCAAGGGUCAGAAGAGCCCUUUGACAGAAUACUUCUUUUGGCCACGCAAUGACGCCUGGGAGGAGCUCAAAACAUGUUUGGAAGGCAAGCCAUGGAUCCAAGAGAGAGACAGAAUUCUUCUGCUGAACAAAACCACAGAAGUGAUUAAUUAUUGGCAGGACGAGCAAACCAAGCAUUCCAUUCAGGAUGCCCAAGCCAAAUUCCCAGAUUGUUCAUUUUUUGGAGCCUGA